AAACUGACUGCCCAGGGUAACAGUUCAGCAGGGGUUAGAGGAAGUCUCCCCAAGGAGUCCCGACUCGCCGCGAACGGUAGCAUUUUCCCACAUCAAAGCGCGCCUGAUACAUCGUAUUAUUUUUCAUUGCUCCACACCACUGCCGCGCCCAACCUGAACUCGACAGUUUCUACCCGGUCCAGUUGACGACACACACCCAACCCAAACGGUCUAAACGAGUGAGAAGCACAGCCUCGUCUGUACUCCAGCCAUCACCCAAGCCUCGUCUCCCCAGCCCGCCGCGCCGCGGACGUCACUCGUUGCAUGUCCCGUUCGGAUUUCUUCUGGGGGUUGACCUUUUUUACUUACCUCUUCGGUUGCCGGUGCAGUUUUGCAUCCCGCGCUGGACCCCACUGAUGCCGUAAAGACCCGGUCAACACUUCACUACCACCGCCGCCGUCCCGACUGGCAGUCACCUGUGCGUGCGACCAACUAUGGCGCAUUCGUCUCCCUCGCGGAGGAGCCAGCUGAAUGGCCAUGUCAAUUCAAGCCCCGAGCGCUCCUUCGGCGCCGACUUCCUCGCCGAGAAUCGGAACUCGGAGCUAAGCCAUCGCGACGCCCUCGCUGCUGCCCAGCUCGAACACGAGCGCGUUCGCCUCGCUGCGUUGAGAGUCUACGAGGUGCAUCAACUGCAGGAAGAGAAGCAAAGGCUGGAGGCUGAGCAAAGAAGGAUAGCACAGUUGCAACGAGAGGAAGAGGAACGGCUCAAGGCCGAGGCCGCGGUGCGCGCCGAGCAGCAGAGACUCAGAGAACUCAAGGCGAAGCAGAUCCCUCAGCUGCCACCCGAGCCCGAACCCGAACCGCCCAAGCCGGAGCCCAAGAAGCCGCAAGAGCCUCACGUCAAUGGCACGACCGAGCGAACGGCCGCUCAAACCGAAACCUCUGUUGCGGCAGUCGCGAAAACACAGCCAGCUCCCUUGACGGGUGCACCGGCACCAGCUCUGCAGGCCGCGAAGGCUCCUCCCACCGUCCCUUCGCCACCGACUGCGAAAGAACCAUCUGCUCCGCCUGCCCAAGCCAAUGGGCUUUUGACAAGGCCUGCCGAGCCUGCGCAACCCAAGCCCGUCACUCAAGCAGCCGCGCCCGCGCCCGCCACUUUGCCUACCGCCGACCGAUACACCGAGAUACACCAAGCUCUCAAGAAACUGAGAAGGGAUGUUGAGACUCUGUCGAAACAACCUGGGUCCCCAUUGAAGGGCAAGCUGGGAGACAUGCGCAGGCAGAUCAGGAAGUCUAUUGGGCAACUGACAGCCGGCAAGGGUGCAAACGUUACUCCCAUCAACACCAUCAACGGCGCUCUGCGCGAGUCUCUUGAUGGGAGAGUACCUUCGCCUCUUGUUGACGCAAACACCUACGUUCAGCAGAACAGAGAACCAGUCGAAGGUGCUGUUAAUAACGGCCCGCAGCUGCCAGCGCUGUUCAUCUAUCUCCUCAACAUCCUCGCAAAGGCGAUUAUUCAGCAGUUCGCCAACGAAGGCGGUGCGAAUCCUAAGUCGGCCGAGCCGGUCGGCAUCGUGACUGCCCAGAUCUUCUCCAACAAAGAUUACCAAUGGCGCGGGGGGUCCAUGAUUGAUAUUCUCAUCGCCAAGUUCCGCGUGGCUUGCCCAGUUUUGUUCGGCUCUAGGGGAAGCGACAAGACCGAGAAUGGCCGCAGGGCCAUCGGCUGGAAGAAGGAGAACGACAAUUGGAUCCCCGAGCAGUCGCACAACGAUAGGAUGACGGGCCUUGGUGCCGGUUUCGCGGCCAUCGCAUUGCGAGAUUUCAGCAAGGCCUCCAAGACGAACCCUUACCCCCCCACCAAUUACUGGAAGGCCAUGGCGCAGAUCGUCAACUCGCCGCCGCAGCUCGUCUCCAACACCCAGUACGUCGUGCUCAAGUCCAUGAUUGACGGCCACGAGCAGCGCUUUAUCAACUUCUACGGCAACGCAGCCAUCGCCGCCCUGCGUAUGGCCCUGGUAGAGUUUCCAAAGAAGGCUCCGCCGGGCGCCACUGCUGCCCAGGCGCUGCAGGUUCUGGCUGACGUGUUACGACGAGACUCCGGCCUAGAAGUGGCGUAGA